AUGAUAUUGGCAUUUUUGGUACUUUUUGAAAAUCGGAGCAGUUUGAUUGUCAAUAAUAUUUUUCGAAUUACAAAUAAUUCAACGAGGAGUUUCUGGAUAUUUUUUAAUAUUACUGGAUGUAUGUUACCAUUUAUUCCCGUUUAUUUCAAUUUACCAGAUUCUGGUGAAGCCAGAGUUAUCAUGUUGAAGUCCCUGCCAUGUCCUCCAAAAUAUUUCUUCGCCGAAAAUAUUCUGGUGUUACCAUCAGACGGUUUUUGGUACACCUAUUUAAGUGCCUCAUUUUUAGUUUCGAGUGGAAUUCUUUUUUUACAAAUUUUAUUCUUUACCGUCUGCUGUCUCUACUAUCUCUUUUAUGCCAAGUCACCUCAAGUAUCUCCUGAAACUCGACGACUUCAGAUUCGCUCAUUUUUUGGAAUUGUUCUUCAAACCACUAUUCCAUUUUUGUUGGUUUUGAUCCCAGUAAUGUUAUUAACAAUUAAUUCCAAUCCAGAAAUUUUCGAUCAAUCGAAAAAUAAUUUCACAUUUUUACCGAUGGUUAUUCAUAAGGGAAUCGAUCCUGAUAAAGCUAAAAUUACUGGUUUGAAGGCCUUGCCAUGUCCUCCGAAAUAUUUCUUCACCGAAAAUAUUCUCGUUUUCCCAACAGACGGCUUCUGGUAUACCUAUUUAAGUGUCACAAGUUUAUUUUAA